UGGCUCGUGCGAUUGUUUAAUGCGAGUGCUUUUUCAAGUUUUGCUUCGUUUGCAGAGAUUGCUUAAAGCGAUAAUGGAAAAUUUCAGAGAGUUGAAGAAGUUGCACAUUUCGGACAAUGCAGAGUCCGAGGAUGACGCCUGGUCUUGGCCAGGUGUCAUAAGGGUGCUUCCGAAAGAUGCGCAGGAAAAGUGUCAUACACCGGACGUCAAACGGGUGGUGGUCGUAACUCCGGACGACACCGCCUCGUCUCUCGUCCAAUAUUUGGAGGGGCGAUAUCCGGAAGUUCCGGAAUGGAUGGUGGAGACACCGUCGGGUGAGACCGGAGUGGACAGAAAGGAGUCCGAAGAAAUGGUGGAAGAGCUCGUCCAGCGUAAAAGGCCUUGGUGGAAAAGGUUGUUUUGCUGCUGGAAGACAUAAACCUCUUCUCUGGCCAGGCCUUGUUGCGCAGAUUACGACUUUCCAUCGAAUGUAACAUCGCCAUUCGGAAGUGACCUUUCACCCGAAUUGACCUUUCUCCCGGCAACGAUGUAAUCGACUGGACUUGACUUUCCAUCCCAAUUUACGGACAGAUACUUCGACACCAUUCGAGAUUCGGUUAAAGAGCAUAUAGAACAACGAAAGUGACAUCAAGCAGUGUUCUCGUGUUUAAUUAAAGGCUGUUUAAACGACUAUAACUGGUCAAAACAACUUAUAUUCUACAGACAUUUACACUGUAUUUCAUUUGGUGUUCUACUGCUAAAAACCGAGAAAUAACGAAUAUUCGCCACUAAAAGGCAUACACAUACUCGGUUUGUGUA